AUGAAGCUUCACUUUCUACCAUUCCUUGCCACUUUGGCAUAUGCGGGUCCGCACUCGUGUCGGUGUAGACCACAUCAGCGCUGCUGGCCCUCACCCCAGGAGUGGAAUGCACUGAACCGCUCUAUUGACGGAAACCUCGUCCCAGUGCGCCCAGUUGCAGCAGUCUGCCACCCCGCCGAAGCAGACAGCGACGCCUGUAAAAUUGUCACCGAGCAAUGGACCAACUCGACCUGGCGAGCCUCGCAGCCCGGAGCGGUGCAAUGGGAGAACUUCGAGGCAUGGCCGGAGCAUAACGAAAGCUGCUACAUCGAGAGCCCUCCCAACGUUUCCUGCGGUCAGGGACGCAUCUCGUUGUACUCCGCUCGGGUCCAAUCUGCGGCGCACAUCCAGAAAGCCGUCCGUUUCGCCAAACAGCGAAACAUACGGCUCGCCGUCAAGAACUCCGGGCAUUGUUUCCUCGGCCGUUCGGCUGCUGUGGAGUCACUGCAGAUUCUCACCCACGAUAUCAAGGGGAUUGAGCUUGUCGACGACUUUCUCCCCGCGGGGGCCCCGGCGGAUGCGCGGGAGGGCCCCGCCGUGACGAUCGAUGCUGGAGUCAGUCUGCGCGAGAUGUAUACUGCGGUUGGAGCGGCAAACAGGACCGUCGUAGGCGGGUCGUCAUUUACCGUUGGCGCCGCUGGAGGUUACGUUCAAGGCGGCGGACAUUCGCUCCUGGGGCCAUUGAAAGGCAUGGCGUCCGACAAUGCACUUGAAUUCACCAUCGUGACCGCCGAGGGAGAUCUAAUCACUGCAAACCAGUACCAGAACGGCGAUCUCUUCUGGGCCCUGCGCGGCGGCGGCGGAGGCACAUUCGGAGUCGUGGUCAAUGUCACUCUACGUACCUUCGACGAGGUCCCCGUCAUGCUCACCAGCUUCAACAUCACCACUGCCCACGGCAAUCCCAGCUUCUGGGAAGCGUUGACGCAGUUCCACGCCGCAAUCCCGGGACUGAACGACGCCAACGGCUCCGGAUACUACUGGAUCACCCCAAACGUACCUCUAGGCGGGAACGUCAGCGCCGCAGCGCUAACCGCCGGACUGACCUUCGCCAACGAGACCGACCCAGCCAGAAUCGACGAGCUCUUCCGCCCCCUCCUCGACAAACUCAACAGCCUUCCCGGCAUCAAAACGGACUACGCGUCGCUCCCACUCCCCAGCGUGCGUACCGUUUUCGACAGAUUCUACCUCCUGGGCGACCACGACUCCACCGGCACGAUCGGGCUUCUCGGCUCCCGCCUCUUCUCGCGCGACCUCCUCGCCUCCGCAGACGGCGCCGGCAGACUCAUCACCGCCCUGCAGCGCCUCGAGUACCAGCCGGGACGCGCGCUGAUCGGCCACAUGGUCGCAGGGGGUGCCGUCGCCGCCAACGGGGCCACCGUCGAGUCGGCGCUGCACCCGGCGUGGCGGAGGACGGCGGUGCAUCUCGUGCUCAGCGCCACAUGGGAGGCGACGGCGACGCUUGAGGAGCAGGAGUCUGUCCGCGAGAAGGUGACGCACGUGGAAGUGCCGCUGUUGCGGUCGGUGGAGGGCGCGGAUGCGAUGGGCUCGUAUCUCAACGAGGCGAACGCGUACGAGACGGAGUUCCAGGCGUCGUUCUGGGGGAGCAAUUAUCCGCGUCUGUAUCGAAUUAAGCAGAGGUGGGAUCCGACGGGGGUGUUUAUUGUCCAGCGCGGGGUGGGGAGCGAGGAUUGGGAUGAGGAGGGGAUUUGUCGCAAGCGUUAG